CCGGGGGAUGCCCCCGGCCGGGUGCCCCUCAUGGCCGCAGACGUCUUCAUGUGCUCGCCGCGCCGGCCCCGCAGCCGGGCGCGCUCGGUCCUGCUCAAGCCCCAAGUGCCCGAGGACGACGACGACUCGGACACGGAUGAGCCGUCCCCUCCGCCCGCGUCCGGCGCGGCCACCCCGGCCCGGGCCCACGCGAGCGCUGCGCCGCCGCCGGCCCGGGCCGGGUCGGGCCGCGAGGAGCCCCCGCGCCGCCAGCAGAUCAUCCACAGCGGCCACUUCAUGGUGUCGUCGCCGCACCGCGAGCACCCGCCCAAGAAGGGCUACGAUUUCGACACGGUCAACAAGCAGACGUGCCAGACCUACAGCUUCGGCAAGACCAGCUCCUGCCACCUGUCCAUCGACGCCUCCCUCACCAAGCUCUUCGAGUGCAUGACCCUGGCCUACAGUGGGAAGUUGGUGUCUCCAAAGUGGAAGAAUUUCAAAGGCCUGAAGCUCCAGUGGAGAGACAAGAUCCGGCUCAACAAUGCCAUCUGGCGGGCGUGGUACAUGCAGUACUUGGAGAAGCGCAAGAAUCCUGUGUGCCACUUUGUCACUCCCCUGGAUGGCUCCGUCGACGUGGAUGAGCACCGCCGACCAGAGGCCAUCACCACGGAAGGAAAGUACUGGAAAAGCCGCAUCGAGAUCGUGAUCCGGGAGUACCACAAGUGGAGGACCUACUUCAAAAAAAGGCUACAACAGCACAAGGAUGAGGACCUCUCCAGCCUGGCCCAGGAUGAUGACAUGCUAUACUGGCACAAACGUGGCGAUGGAUGGAAGACCCCAGUGCCCAUGGAGGAGGAUCCGCUGCUGGACACAGACAUGCUCAUGUCAGAAUUCAGUGAUACCCUCUUCUCCACGCUUUCCUCACACCAGCCAGUGGCCUGGCCCAACCCACGGGAGAUAGCACACCUGGGAAAUGCAGACAUGAUCCAGCCGGGGCUGAUCCCUUUGCAGCCCAACCUGGACUUCAUGGACACCUUUGAGCCUUUCCAGGACCUGUUCUCUUCCAGUCGCUCCAUUUUUGGCUCCAUGCUUCUCACACCUGCCUCAGCACCUGCCCCAGAUCCCAACAGCCCACCUGCUCAGGGGAGCAUCCUGCCAACCACCACCCUCCCUGCUGUGAACCUUCCCGACAGCCUCAUUGUGCCCCCCACGGCCCCCUCCCUGGAUCCCGCAGAUGGGCAGGGCUGUGAACGCACCUCCAGGACAGGGGACCCCUUUAUCCAGCCCACAGACUUUGGUCCCUCGGAGCCACAGCUGAACGUCCCACAGCCCUUCCUCCCCGUCUUCACCAUGCCCCUGCUCUCCCCCAGCCCGGCCCCGUCACCCGUCUCGCCAGUGGUGCCGCUGGUUCCUCCUCCCGCCACUGCCCUGAGCCCCCCAACACCCCCUGCCUUCCUGCAGCCACAGAAGUUGGCAGGAGCUAGCAAGGCACCCUCUGUCAUCACGCACACAGCCUCUGCCACGCUCACCCACGACGCCUCCGCCACCACCUUCAGCCAGAGCCCGGGUCUCGUGAUCACAGCCCACCCCCCUACCCCCUCAGCAUCCCCCUGCGCCCUGGCACUGUCACCUGUCACUCGGCCACCAGCUGUUGGCCCUCCCCAACCCUGUUUAACUUUUGUGCCCCCUAAACCUGUUCCCUUGACUGGGGGGAGACCCAAGCAGCCCCCCAAAAUAGUGCCUGCUCCCAAGCCAGAGCCUGUGUCCUUGGUGUUGAAGAAUGCUUGCAUCGCCCCAGCUGCCUUUCCAGGCCAGUCACAAGCGGUGAUCAUGACGUCAGGCCCUAUGAAGAGAGAAGGGAUGUUGGCGUCCACCGUGUCCCAGUCCAGUGUGGUCAUCACGCCUGCUGCCAUCGCCAGGGCUCCCCCUGGCGUCGCAGAGUUCCACAGUGGCAUCCUCGUGACAGACCUCAGCCGCGGCACAAGCAGCCAGCCCACACCCGUCCCCCGCCUCUUUCCCAGCGCAGUGCAGGACGCCCUGGUGAAGGGCGAGCAGGUGCCGCUGCAUGGGGGCAGCCCCCAGGUCCCUGCCGCAGGGUCUGGUCGGGACGGCCCCAGCUCAGGGCAGGUGUCUCCAUGUGCGUCUGAACAGAGCCCCAGUCCUCAGUCUCCCCAGAACAGCUCAGGGAAAUCUGCAGACCCCAAAACCAUGGCUGCAUUGAAGAAUCGGCAGAUGAAGCACAUUUCAGCCGAGCAGAAGAGGCGCUUCAACAUCAAGAUGGGCUUCAACACCCUGAACAGUCUGAUCUCCAAUAACUCCAAGCAGACCAGCCACGCCAUCACGCUGCAGAAGACCGUGGAGUACAUCACCAAGCUGCAGCAGGAGCGCAGUCAGAUGCAGGAGGAGGCCCGGCGGCUGCGGGAGCAGAUCGAGGAGCUCAACACCACCAUCAUCUCCUGCCAGCAGCUGCUCCCUGCCACGGGGGUCCCCGUCACCCUGCGCCAGUGCCACCACAUGCGAGACAUGUUUGACGAGUACGUGAAGAGCCGGACACUGCAGAACUGGAAGUUCUGGAUUUUCAGCAUCAUCAUCAAGCCGCUGUUUGAGUCAUUCAGGGGGGUGGUGUCCACCAGCAGCCUGGAGGAGCUGCACCGGACGACCCUGUCCUGGCUGGACCAGCACUGCUCGCUGCCCAUUCUCAGGCCAAUGGUGCUGAACACCCUCCGGCAGCUGAGCACCACCACCUCCAUCCUCUCAGACCCGUCCCGGCUGCCGGAGCAGGCGUCAGAGGCCGUCACCAGGCUGGGCCAGAGGUCAGGGGAGUCUUAGCUGCUUGGCUGGCCUGUGGACACGUGAGCUGCUGGGAGACCUCUUCCUGCCUGUGGAGAGGAGGCCAUGCACCCUCUGCGCUGCGGCCCUGGGCCGCUCAGGAUGCCUUGCUCAGGUCUGAGGCAGGGUCGGGACCUGCCCCACUCUGGCCCCUCUGGGGAGCCCCUUGCUGUGACUUCACUCGCAGACCUCAGUCGCCCACCGCCCCUGCCCUCCUGGAGGCGCGGAGGCUCAGACUUGCCCCCCACCUGGGGUUCUUUGCAACCUGUGCUCUCUGGUGCCCCCUGCAGGGGCAGUGGAGGGCCUCUUUCUCCCUGCCCCGCUCUGAGCACCUGGCCCUCGUGGGUGGAUCUCGACUUCAUUCCAGGCUUCUGCACAACGAUGGCCUCCUUCCUGCGCAUGGGCCUCUGGGGGGCGAUGCUUUCUUCAGAGACCCCCAGAACACAUGGGGGCAGAAGCAGUGGGUGUGGGCGCUCACGGGACAAGAACAGAAGCACAAACCACGCAGAGCUGCUGUCUGGCUCGGAGGCCGUCCUGCUGGCGUUUCGUCCGUUGUGGUUGAGUUCCUGGUGGCACGGCAGAGUCUGCAGUGAGGCUGUGAGAAUCUCAUGGCAGGGACUUGGCCCAGGCCCUUCUCAGGCGUCCCCGGGCAGCGUGGCCCUUCCGGUGUCCCCGGGCACCGUGGCCCUUCUGGCCUGCUCGCCGCUGACUUCCAGGCUGCAGACCGGGCCGCAGCAGGUGCGCCCCGGGAAGCUGACCCGCCUCGUUGCCGCCAGCCUGCUCGCCACGUCGGACCUUCGUUGGGAAGCCCUGAACCAGGCAGUUUUCAGACCAAAGAUGUUGCCACGCCCCCCACGUUGGUCAGUGCUUGUGUUUGCAGAGAGACGCUGAACGUCGACAGGCAGAGCUCUGAGCCCGGGCCUCAGGCUGUCUCUGAAGGGUUGUCUUCAGACUUUGUCGGACUGGGGCUGGAGCGGAGGGGGGCAUGCCGGAGAAGCAGGGGGCAGCCCAAGCAGUCCUCACCCUCUCCAUCGGCCCCUGCAGGUAGUGUAAGUGGCAGACGCUCUCCCCAGCACAGGGGAUGCAGCCAAGGCACCUCCUGGCAGGAAGAAGGGGCUUGCCAGGCUCCUGUGGUGCGCAGACCACAGGUGUGUCCCUCCACACCUGCCUGCUAGUCCUGGGAGGGCUUUGAGGGAGCCCUGGGGUUCCCCCUGAGUUUCCUGGAGACCUGAGGAACUGGGGUUCGGAAGGGCAGCCCCUCUGCGGUGGCCUCAGUUGUCGGGGUUGGGGGAGUUUCUCUCCCAGCCCCCAUCUCUGCCGCGGGGCCCUGAGCAGCGGCCUGCUCCCAUCUGCCUCAGCCUGUACAGGGCAGCAUGGUGGCGCCUUGCCUGCCCACCCCACGUUUACAGGCCUUCCUGCCCCCUUGCUGGGCGAGCCCCUGGGAAGUGGUUCUAGAACUCGUCCUUUGCACACAGCUCAGGACAGAUGGGAAGUCACCUUCAGAAGGUGAAGGUCACUGUAGUAAGAAUUCUACCGGGGUCAGAGGAAAGAAGGGGGCCUGGUGGAUGGUCCAGAGCCCAGCCCCUGCCCACUCCUGUGCCUUGUAGCAUUUGCAAAUGACCAUGUGGCUGGCCCGGCUGAGAACGCUCCUAAAGCAGUGGCUUUCUCCCCAUUCCUUGCUGGGAGUACUUUGUUUUUUUUUAACUCCAUGGGAUAUAAAAUUGGCCUUCUGCUUCCUUGGCCUACCUCUCCCUUUUGCUGAAUUACUGUUCACUGCUGUUCCUGACUGUUUUGUCAUAUUUAAGGCUGUUAGGUUACGUGGGACUUGAAGUGUGUGUGUGUGCGUGUGUGCGUGUGCGAGCACACCAGCAGACCCUUAACAAGAUGCAUGUUUUUGUCUUUAGAUACUGACUUAAGUUCACUUCUCUUGGUGCUCAUGACUGCUGUGGCAGGGAGGCCACGAUGCUGGACCUCUGCUGCAGCGUCGUGCGUGUGGCCAGGCUGGGGUCUAGCCUCGACCUCCGUGCUGGGCUCCUGGCCCGUGUUCAGGGACAGCUGAGGCCCCCGGGCAGCGGCAGCCUCACGAGGGUGCUGAGUGCCCUCAUUUCCACCGUCACUCUUGUCCCCACUCCCAAAGAACAAACUGCAGAAUGCUGGCACUUGGAGAACAGAGACUUCAUUCAGAAGAGACCAGAACGCCCGCCACCACGUGCGUCUCUGGUGUCUUCUGCCAUGUUGGAUGCCAUCAGCAGCCAACACCGCACUCUUUGCUCUCUCACUAUGAAUGGGAGGUGAGGGUGCAGGAUGGGGCUGCCGUGGGGCUUUCUGAGAGUGUACAGCAGCGCUCCUCCCUUCGGGGCCCACGCCCGGGGCAGGCCGGCAACAGCGCCGAGGCUCCUGGAGGAGGAGGCUGGAGGGCAGUGGGGCCGUGGAGGCUGCACGUGUGCUCUCCGGCCCUGACUCGCACAUUUCCUCCCUGAAGACCCGGUCCCCCCGCUUUCUAGAGGUCAGUCCUGGAGCUUGCGCUGGCCCAGAGCGAGGGGCUUGGGUUCUUGGAGGACAGAGCACCCAGCACCCCAAGGUGGUGCCAACCCCUGUCCCUCCCCAGGAGGGGCCACGCCCACCACCUGCCCCUGCAGUCAGGGCUCAAGAGAGGGUCUUCUGGGAGCAUGAGGGUGCAGCUCAGAGACUGGAGUGGCCCUGGCUGUCUUCCCCGGGUGAGGCCUGAGGCAGCCUGCUUGCUGCUACUGCUGUGCCCACUGAACAAGACCCUGCGCUCAGCAGAACUCUCAGAGAGCAGCGCUGGUCGGUGUGGGCUGGGCUCCUCCCGUGUGUGUGUGUGUGUGUGUGUGUGGUUGGGGGUGCUGGCCACACGCUGCACAUCUUGCCCUGGCUCAGGACUCCGUCCUUUCAGUAAAUCCAGCGUGGGCAGGCUGAAGACAUCCCCUCCCGUCCUGCCUUCCUGUGCUGUCCCUGCCCCUCGGUGGUCUCUGCCCGUCUGCCUGCGGCCUAAGUUGAGCCUCUCUUCCCCCAAGGAGAAAGGAAGUGGUCCUUUCUCAGAUACCCUGCUUCCCAGGGAGCUGUGACGCAGCCACCCUGCUCGUCCUGCGGGGCAGAGGCCCGGGAGAGCAUGGGCCUGAGCAGGUGUCUGGGGUCCUGCUCAGCGGGGGGAUGCACCCUGUGGUUCAGUCUCCUUGGCCGUUGGAGCACUGAUCUGGAACAGAUGAGCGAAGAGGGGGUGGCGCGCAACGACACCCACCUGGGCGUUUCUUCCUGAGCAUGUGGCCUACACCCACCACACGGAACAAUCUGCGUAUCUGCCUUGCAAAAAUUAGCCUUUGAAAACAAAAGGGAACUUCCGCUGAAUGUUGACUUGCUGUGUGCGUGCGCUUGCACUGGCCUGUGCGUGUGUUUACUUCAUGGAAUUUCAUCGUCCUGAAAUUCCUUUCCAGUUAUGUAGCAGAAUUCAAAACCCUGGCCGUGGCUAAUUUGGAGAGCUUGUGUUUCUCAGUGGAGCAGUGAGGUGGUGGAAGGUUGGGAGACGCUGAGGUUUUACUCAUUUCCACCGUUUCCCUCCGUCUGGGAAGGGGCCGUGGGCUCCUCUGCCUCCUCUGUGGUGCCGUGGCUUGGCAGCCCCCCUCUUCCGUUUUCAGGCUUCAGUUUAUCGCAUCAGUGGCUGGUGUUUUUCUGCUGUGAGCUUUGGAGCCGGUCACACCUCAUGGGCUGAAAGAGCCACCCGGGGAAGACUCUGGUUUGACCAGGGGCCCCUCCCCCGGCCUGCGUUCCUGAGCACGGCCUCUGCCAUCACCAAGUGUGUCCCCACCGCCUGUAUUCAACACUACAAUGCAUUUGUAAAACUAUAUUUGCAUCCAAGACAAUAAAGAAAACUUAUUUUUU